AUGGUCAGAUUCUCAAAGCAAGCGGACGAAAUCCGCAUUCUCACGGCUAAUGCCAUGUUGGGAUACGGAUACAAGUCCGAUCACUUCUGCUUCGGAAUUCAUGAGUACCGCCCUGAUGCUAUUGUUAUCGACUCUGGCAGCACGGAUGGCGGGCCAUUCAAACUGGGCAUGGGCAGAAAGACAGUUGCCGAUGAAUCAUACAUCCGCGACCUAACGCCAUACAUCACAGCCUGUGCCCACUAUGGCAUGAAGCUCCUCAUUAGCAGUGCCGGUGGUGACGGCAGCGACAAGCACGUUGCUGAAAUUCUCGCCAUUGUCAACAAGAUUAUUGAGGACAACGGCUUCAAGUUCAAAGUUGCCACAAUUGGUGCCGCGGUUCCGAAGGGCCUUAUUCGGCAGAAGCUCAAAGACGGAAAAAUCAGCCCCUGUGGGCCUGUUCCCCCUCUUACCCCCGAGGAUAUUGACUUGGCCGUUGAUAUCGUCGCCCAGAUGGGACCUGAGCCGUUCAUCAAAGCUCUCGAAGAGGAGAAGCCAGACAUCAUUGUGGCAGGCCGCGCAUACGACCCUUCGCCAUUCGCGGCGUUCUGCAUGAACCUCGGCGUUGAGCGAGUCCCUGCGUUCCAUCUGGGGAAGAUUCUCGAGUGCGACGGCCAGUGUGCUCUAGACGACUUCCUCGAGAACCGGGUGCGAAACUACACCCGAGGACUGUUCCCAGAGCUCGAUAAAUCCGAUGAUUGUCGUCUCAUCUUCCACGUUUAUGGUCGUAAUGCCAUCAUAGGACCUUUGGAGCCGAACUCUGAGCCUGCUCACGAAGUCGGCGUGCUCGGGGAAGUCGUUGCCCCUACAGCAGCGAAGGCCAUGGCUAUUUGCAACAGUGCCCGAGUCUCCUGCCUCCAUCUCUACUACCCUGGCAUUCUUGCGACUACGGGAAACUUCGCAAGCCCGCUGAGUCCACACGAGCAAGACGCAGGUGCCGUUUUCAAAUUCAGUCUGUAUCACUUGAUGGAGAUCGACGAUCCGACUGACCCAACCAUCUUUCCGAUCAAGUCAUCUACGGCCGGCGCAGGCACGUUUGUGAAGGACAAAAACUUUGGCAAGCAGUUCUUCAACCUCGACAACUUUCUGAACAUCUCCCCGGAAGAGAUCAAGACCAAAUCCGUUCCGACCGGUCCUGCCACAAUGAGAGACGUGGCAAGCGUUGUGCGGUCCAAGAACAGCGGGCCUUUUGAGUUGUCGUUUGACAUUAUGUUUAAUGAUGGAAAAGCACUAUCAGCGUGUCAAGAGGGCCAAUGUUCUCACUAA